AUGAGACCCCUUUGUAGGACUCUGCAAUGGGACUUCCCUGGUGGUUCAGACGGUGAAGCGUCUACCCACAAUGCAGGAGACCUGGGUUCAAUCCUUGUGUUGGGAAGAUCCCCUGGAGGAAAUGGCAACCCACCCCAGUAUUCUUGGGUUGGGAAGAUCCCCUGGAGAAGGAAAUGUCAACCCACCCCAGUAUUCUUGCCUGGAAAAUCCCAUGGACUGAGGAACCUGACAGCCUUUAAGAAAGAGAAUAUCCGCCAUGUGUGGCAGAUGGCCAGCAUAGUGGAGACAUCUGGAGGAUGA